CCCCCCCCCCCCCGCCACCUCUUUUCUGUGAGUCAGGCAGGUUCCUCUCUCCCAGUUGUGCAAAGCAGCUCAGAAAUAGCAAUAAAUCUGUCUUCUUUUCCACCUCACUUCCCCUACUCAGCCUGCCCAGAGUCUUCUGAACCCCUAGCACCUACCUCUCCUGGGUCCCCAAGUCAACUCCAGGCCGAGUUUGUGACCCAGGACUCACCAUGAGCUUUCCCGCCUUCCUCGUCCUGCUGUUCUUGGCUGUGCAAGUCAUCGCAUUCCCAGUGAACAGCCCAGCAAAUAAAAGUGAUACUAAGGUAAUGAGGUGUAUUGUUGAGGUCAUCUCUGACACACUUUCCAAACCGAGCCCACUGCCCAUCAGUGAGGACUGCUUUGAGACACUACGAGGAGAUGAAAGGAUCAUUUCAAUUCUCCGCCAUCAAAACUUGCUGAAAGAGCUCCAAGAACUUGCCAUCCAAGGUGCCAGUGAGAGAGCCCAGCAGCAAAAGAAAGACAGAGGUUUUGAAGAUGAACUUUCUGAAGUCCUUGAGAGCCCAAAUAAUGAAGAGACCAUUGAGAAGGAGGAAUUGAAGGAUGCCUCCCCUGAGAAGCCUGAUGAAGAUGCCACCGAGUCUAAAGAGGAGAAGAGCCUGGAAGAAAGAGAAGCCCAGCCCAAAGAGACCGACCCCAAGGAAGCCAAGGAGGACUCGGAGAGCAAUGAGAUCAGCAAGGCCUCCGAGGAGGUGAACUUGGAAAGUACCCUGGCCAGUGGCCUGACCAAAGAGGAGCACUUAGCCCCAAAGUCCAGCGAAGACAGCAAGGACCAGCCCACUGAUUCUCAGGAGAGCCUGGAUCUCAAAAAGGAGGAACAAAGCUCCAAGAGAGAUGAGGAGGCACAUGACGAGGAGGAGGAAGAAGAGGAGGAGGCAGCAGCUCAUCUGGCCUUAGCAGGAAACCAAGAAGCAUCGGAUGAAGAAGGUCCCACCAGUGCACUUGGCACCAGCUCACCCCUCCAUGAGAAUGAGGAGACUUCACGGGGAGACAGUCAACCAGAGGCACUGGAUCUCAAUGGAGAAGGGAAGGUCAUGGAAGAGGAGGCUAGGUCCCAGGAAGAAAAGGGUCUGAGCCGACGUUCCGAGGAGGAAGCGGCAGCCGCCGAAGACAUCUUCAGCCCAGGGGACAGCAAGAGUCAGGAACUGGAGGAGGAACUCUCCAAAGAAUGGGAGGACUCCAAGAGGUGGAACAAGAUGGAUGAGCUGGCCAGAGAGCUGACAGCUAAGAAGCGGCUGGAGGAGAGCGACAGUGACAGCGAGGAAGAGCCAGACCGGUCCAUGAAACUCUCCUUCCGAUCCCCCGAGCACGACUUUGGGCGUCCCCUGGGGCUGCAGAGGAGAACCUGGAAGGCCCACUCCAGAGAGGACAGCAUCGAGGCGGGCCUGCCUCCCUCCGUCAGGGGCGACCCAGAUGAGAAGAAGGAAGAGGAGGGAAGUGCUAACCGAAGGACAGAGGACCAAGAGCUGGAAAGUCUGGCAGCCAUUGAGGCAGAGCUGGAGAAGGUUGCCCACAAACUCCAUGAGCUCCGGAGGGGCUGAUUUAGGAUCCCAUGAAAUGCCCAGAAAUUUACUCCUCACCUUGCCUUUUCAUUUCCAAACUCAAAUAUGGAUGGGCUAGGGGGAGUUUGGGCAGCCAGAGAGUGCCCCCCAAUGCCACUUGUGACACUGGCUGAAUCUGCUUUUUCACUUCCUGAGUUUCUGUCCCCCUGUGCACUCCUUUCCCCACCUCAAGGCCUCUUCAUGCACUUUGUGUUGGUUUCCAGACAGUUAUCAUUUCAAGACAACAAUGAGACAGCUUUUCUAGAAUGUUUCCCCAUCACUGUUAUGUCCACUGAAUACAACUGCAAUAACUUGUUCUCUUUGGAUUAAAGUCAAAGGCUAUUGACUUUAAUACAUUCUAUAUAAAAUUUAUCUAAGGAAAAAUAAAACUCCAAUGGGCUUCCUGCUUCUUCUCUCUCUUUAGGUUGGGGGCUGGCUACCU